AUGUUGCGGCACCUGGGUUUCCUGCUGGGAUUCCUUGCCUUGGCACUGGGUGCACUGCAUCCACCGGAGCCCUUACAGAUGACACCCUUGGUGGCCGCUGCUCUGGAUAUUUUAGACGAGCAGGUGAGCCCCUCGCAGAGCACCUUAGCUAUAAUAGAGCUAACCGGCAAGGAUGAGCACCGGGAUCAUGGUCAGGAGGAACUGAUGAGCUCCAUAAUCGCUGAGGUCGGUGAUUCGAUGGCAUUGCGAACGUUUCAGGCACCGCCUCAGGAAGUUCCUGCCAGCUAUGUCCUGUUCCUGGUGAACUCCGCACAGGCUUUUAGCACUCUGAGCUUUCACUUCACGGAGAUGCACGGGACGCGGGAGUAUAAUUUUUUGAUCCUGUUGACCCGUCGCAUGUCCUCGCGAGCAGGGAGAUUUCAGGCACUGAGGGAUAUAUCCAGGACCUGUGUGAGUUUUCACACCCUCAAUGUGAUUCUGCUUACACAGAAGAAAAGCGGAGUGGUACUUACCUAUGGCUAUCGCAUGUACAAUCGAAACUGCGACCUAAAUCUCACCUUGGAGCUGAUUGAUCGGUACGAAAACGGUUCCUUUCAGCAGGGCCAUCAGGAUCGCAGCUUCGACCGGGUGCUAAAGAGCCUAGCAGGAUGUCCACUGCGUGUCAGUUGGUAUUCCUUGCCACCGUUCACAAUCUUCAAGGGAAACGAAAGUGAUCCGGAAGAGCGGGAACAGAUGUGGCGCCUGACUGGCAUUGAUGGCGAGCUGAUUAAGCUCCUGGCGGAAAUCUUUCGCUUUCGCAUAAUCCUGGAGGAGCCCUGCGAUAAGUGCCUGUCGCGGGACAUCAAGGAUGGCUGCAGUGGUUGCUUCGAUCAGAUGGUUAACAAUGAUUCCUCGAUCCUGAUUGGUGCCAUGAGUGGUUCGCAUCAGCAUCGUUCGCAAUUCUCCGCCACGGCGUCUUACUAUCAGAGUUCCCUGGUCUUUGUGAUGCACAUGGAUACGCAAAUGGGUGCAGUGGCUCAGCUGGCGGUGCCAUUCACAGCCACCGUGUGGCUCUCUUUGGUGGUCAGCGCUAUCCUGGCUAUGCUGGUUAUUUGGUCCUGGCAAAGGAUUAGCACAGGACACCCGGAUUUGGCUGCACAUGGCCUGCAUGUGCUUACCACCCUGUUGGGUAAUCCGCUGGUGGCUCGAAGUCUGCCUACGAACGUUAGGAUGCGUAUCUUUUACGCUGCCUGGAUGCUCCUCGUCCUGGUCCUGCGAGUGGUGUAUCAGGGCAAGCUGUAUGACUCUUUCCGGGCGCCCUAUAAUAAACCUUUGCCAGGACAAAUAUCCGAGCUAAUAGCCGCCAAUUACACGCUGAUCGGGCAGGAAUAUCUGGAUUUCUAUCCUCGCAAUCUGACUGUGCUCACACGAAAUGGAUCCAAGGAGCGCUUUGAUUACAUCCAGGACCAUGGCGAGGAUAGGCGGCUGGUCAGCACCUCGCUGAUUGCCAGCAUGUCGUACUAUAAUCUGAUGCACUGGAGCACCAGCCGGUUGGCUCACAUUCGGGAGCACAUCUUCCUCUACCAGCUGGUCAUCUAUUUGAGGAGGCACACGCUGCUCAAGUUUGCCUUUGAUAGGAAGAUCAAGCAGCUGCUCUCUGCGGGCAUUAUUGGACACUUUGUUCGUGAGUUUGAUUCCAGCCUGUUCCAGGAUACCAAUGGGGAGCCGCAUGAGGUGUCACCCAUUCCACUGGAGAUUUACUGCGGUCUGUACUAUGUCUCAGCCACCCUGCUGGGUGGUGCCUUCAUAGCCUUCAUCCUGGAACUGCUAAGUGUUCAGCGGGUGAACUGGUUAAGACGAUAA